AUGGCUUCAACUUAUAUUCCAUCAUCACCUAAUCAAAACUGUGUCACUGUGUGUAUUGAUGAUAGUAGUGAAGAUGAAUAUUCACAACACGAGGAAGAAUAUCACAACCAAAAUUCACACCGCAAGUCAGUUCAAUUUUCACGGUUCAAUGUUAUUUAUGAAACUUGGUGUAACGAUGAAUAUGAUCGUACUUCUAUGGAACCAGCCCGACUCUCUUUCAAAGAAUAUAGCGAGCUUCUUCAAUUAAGAUGUGAUUUACAAAGCGAAAUGAGAAAAAUGAUGAAAGCAGCAGAAAAUCAACAAAAUUCAAAUAAUCAAAACCAUCAAGAUAAUCAUGUUCAAUGUCUGCAGUAA